GGGCGGAAGUGAUGUAGAGACCCACUCUCACUUCUCGGAAGUUGUUACGCCUCGAAACAGCAGCGCUAGUUGUUACCUGAAAGCUUUAAACUUGAAGGAGUUUAUCUGGCGUAAUCAAAUGGCUUAUCCAGGAUACGGCGGGUAUGGUGGCCCCAUGCCAGGGAUGCCACAGCAAGGGAUGCCUGGAGGCCCCAUGGGAGGCCCCAUGCCCGGGCAAAUGGGCGGACACAUGGGAGGUCCGAUGGGCGGUCCGAUGGGAGGCCCAGGACCCCAGCCAGGAUACGGUUCAUACGGAGGAGCCGGCUACACAGGUGGAUACGGCGCCCCGACCCCAGCUGCCAACGAUCCGAUGUGGGGUUACUUCACCGCCAUCGCGGGGCAGGAUGGAGAGGUGGACGCAGAAGAGCUCCAGAGGUGUUUGACUCAGGCUGGAUUCACUGGAAGCUACAACCCAUUUAGCCUGGACACCUGCAGGAUCAUGAUUGCGAUGCUUGAUCGGGACUUCACGGGCAAGAUGGGCUUCAACGAGUUCAAGGAGCUGUUCGCAGCUCUGAACGGCUGGAAGCAGAACUUCAUGAUGUUCGACCAGGACCGCAGUGGAACCGUAGAACCUCACGAGAUGUCCCAGGCCAUCAACGCCAUGGGUUACCGCAUCAGUCCUCAGGGCCUGAAUGCAAUCAUAAAGCGUUACAACAAAGGAGGCAGAAUCUACUUUGACGACUACGUGGCCUGCUGCGUUAAACUGCGAACUCUAACAGACAACUUCAGACGGAGAGACACCAUGCAGCAGGGGUCAGUCACUUUCCAGUAUGAUGAUUUCAUUCUGUGCACAAUGGCCAUCUAAGCCCCGCCUCCUGCCCCACAACCAGAGGUCAGAGCGUCCAGGACGGUCAGGUCAUACCUUGAGCCGGCCAGUAUAUCAUAUCACACGGCAGGAAACAACUUCAUGUUGUAACGCUUUGGUUUGCGCUGGAUAUUUAUAAUGCAAACACAGAAACAGCAUUAUUGACAUUAGAACGGAAUUUUGGACAAUUCACUGUACUAAUCUAAUUUACCUUUACUUUGGAAUACGUAUAAUUAACCAAUGCAUAAGGAAUGUACGUACACCUCUUGUGCCAUUAUAUGCUGAAGUAUAUCUUUUUUAUAGUUAGUUAACUGUGCAUGUUGUGAAUCGUGAUUAUAGAAGAAAUUGUCCUAAAGUGGUGUUUUAAUUUAAAAUGACCAUUUUCAGCAAUGUGUAUUACAAAAGAUCUCAUUAGAUAUUUGCUAUUCAUGUUUACCAGUGAUUAUUGGUAGUGUCUGAAAUCCCGCACUCCAAGCCAAACACUCCCACUUCUGUAACAAAUUCAUAUUUUUGUUAAAAUAAACUCAUUACAAUCAUUAA